AUGGCAUUUUCCCACCUUUGUGACCCCCUGGGUGGGGCUAUUGGGUCCCAGCUACGUGCUGGGACAGGAAGCCCUUUGUCAGGGAGCCCCUCACCCAACCACCUCGAGGGCUCCGGCGAGGGCUCCGGCGAGGGCUCCGGCGAGGGCGGCAACCCCACCACAGUCUCCUGCUUCUCCCAGCAGGCAGCUGACAGACACCACCUCCCUUGCCCUCCCUAUCUGGAAGACAGGAAACUGGAGGGUAAGCCUCAUGGGACUGCAUUUUGUUUAAGCUUUAUUAACAACACUCCUCUGUUUACUUUGGGAAACGUAUAA